AUGACCUUGAUGGGUUCUAAAUGCGAUUUUGAACCUGUCCUCUUCAUUAACCAAUAUAUGGUGCAUAUAUGGAAUGGAGCUGGAGAUAGGGUCUUGAAGGUUAGGAGAGCAACACAAAUAGAGUUGCAUGAUGCUCAGAUUCCAGAUGAUAUUCGGGAUCUAUUGCAAAGGGUUGGGUUUUUGGGGGUGGCCCCAAUCAAUUACUUUCCCGUAGACAAUCAUUUGAUUUCUGCCCUAGUAGAGCGUUGGAGACCAAAGACCCACACCUUUCACAUGCCCUUCGACGAGUGUACUAUCACGCUAGAGGACGUUGCUAUGUUACUUGGGUUGAAGAUCUCAGGUGCGCCCAUUACUGGGUAUGCAACUAUGGAUUGGGCAGGUCUUGUGCAACGCCUUCUAGGCAUUACACCCCCUGAGUCGGUGCUAGUUGGUUGUCAUUUGAGGAUGAACUGGAUUGAACGCCACUUCUCUAAUGUCUCUGAGCAUAUAGCUAGGAGCAAUUGGAACACUAUACUAAAGCAUUCAUUUUACACAUCAUCGGGGGAUAUCUAUUAA